AUGGCGAGCGAGUCUGGAGUGUGGGAGGCUGACUCCGGCGCGGCCGCGCUCUUCGCCUGGGUACGUGGCUCCGCCCCCGCGCUCGGGAAGCGAUCGAGGGGUUCGGGGACCCGGGGGCGCCCGGCGUCUGCAGGCACUUGGGGAGGACCCUACCUUCAGGGCAGAGCAUCCAUUCUGGGAAAGCCCUUGGCCACCAGCGCGCCUGGGAAGACAGCGUGGAGGCUGGACAGAGAGAAGAUCGCUUGGUGCCAGAGCUCGUGGGGCCACCUGUACCAUCGAACCUUCUUCAUUUUGCCUGGGGGAUGGAAGGCUCCUUUCCAGCGCCAUCACCCUGGGGAGCAUCCUUUGAAUGGUGCCAAUAGCUACGGGCAGCUUGGCCUUGGCCACAAGGAAGAUGUGCUUCUGCCUCAGCGACUGAGCAGCUUGCGUGAGCCAGGGCGCAUCAAGAGUGUCACAGGAGGAGGGGGCCAUUCUGCAGCUGUCACAGAUGGAGGGAGCCUUUUUGUUUGUGGCCUGAAUAAAGAUGGGCAGUUGGGGCUUGGUCACACAGAUGAUGUUCUGUGUUUUACCAUCAGCAAGCCUCUCCUUGGUUGUCCAAUCCGACAGGUUGCCUGUGGCUGGGAUUUUACCAUCAUGCUCACAGAAAUAGGUCAAGUUCUGUCAUGUGGAUCCAAUGCCUUUGGCCAGUUAGGUGUGCCGCACGGCCCUCGAAGAUGUCUGGUCCCCCAGGCCAUUGAGCUCCUGAGAGAGAAGGUUGUUUGUGUCGCCGCUGGACUGAGGCAUGCAUUAGCCGCUACAGUGAGCGGCAGCGUGUUCCAGUGGGGCACUGGCUUGGCAUCUUCUGGCCGACGCUUGUGUCCCGGGCAGACACUUCCAUUGUUUUUGACAGCCAAGGAACCAAGCAGAGUGCCAGGCCUAGAGAAUUCUACAGCAGUAUGUGUUGUUGCGGGAUCUGACCAUUCUGCCUCAUUAACAGAUACAGGAGAGCUGUAUGCCUGGGGCCGGAACAAGCAUGGGCAACUGGCUUCCCUGGCUGCGUUCCUCCUUCUGCCCCAGCGAAUAGAUGCAUGCUGCUUUCAGGGUGAAAAGGUCACUGCCCUCUGGAGCGGCUGGACACAUCUGGUUGCUCAGACAGAAACUGGCAAGGUGUUUACCUGGGGUCGAGCGGACUACGGUCAGCUUGGGAGGAGACUGGAGUCUCCUGAAGGCCAGGAACCCCGAAAGCAAGCGUCACAGCUCACCUUCUGGAGGCCGCAGAGCAGUGUUCCUCUGCCUCUGCACUGCCUGACAGGAGCAGCCAAGAUUUCUUGUGGCUCAGAGCACAAUUUGGCAGUAAUUAGUGACAAGUGUUGUUCCUGGGGCUGGAAUGAACAUGGCAUGUGUGGAGAUGGCACUGAGUCCAAUGUCUGGACUCCAUCCCCAGUACGGGCUCUUCAGCCACCAUCAAGAAUCCUCCUCGUGGGCUGUGGGGCUGGCCACUCCUUGGCCUUAUGUCAUCUGCCAGCACGCUCUGUGCCACGCCAGGGUCUCAAGAUCACCCACACACUCCAAGAUGCCACAGAGAACCCUGAGUCUCAGGAUGCCAUGAACAAAGAGAGGAACGAAGGAGAGACUAUCAGUAACUUCAACCCAAAGCAGUUCUGACAGGACGAGGAGUGAGGGACCGUGAGAGAGGACCCUUAAUAAAGUGCCUUAUCCCAACAAA